CUCGCGCUGCAGCGCUGUCCCUCGGCCGGCCCGGAGGCGCGGACAGCUGCCAGGAUGCCGAGGAACCAGGGCUUCUCCGACCCCGAGUACUCGGCCGAGUACUCCGCGGAGUACUCGGUCACCCUGCCCUCCGACCCCGACCGCGGGGCGGGCCGGACCCAUGAAAUCUCCGUCCGGAACUCGGGGCCCUGCCUGUGCCUGCCCCGCUUCAUGCGCCUGACCUUCGUGCCCGAGUCCCUGGAGAACCUCUACCAGACCUACUUCAAGCGGCAGCGCCACGAGACCCUGCUGGUGCUGGUGGUCUUCGCCGCGCUCUUCGACUGCUACGUGGUGGUCAUGUGCGCCGUGGUCUUCUCGGGAGACAAGCUGGCGCCCCUCCUGGUGGCCGCCGUGGGGCUGGUGGUGGACCUCAUACUCUUCGUGCUCUGCAAGAAGGGGCUGCUCCCGGACCGGGUGACCCGGAAAGUGGUGCCCUACCUGCUGUGGCUGCUGAUCACCGCCCAGAUCUUCUCCUACCUGGGCCUGAACUUCGCGGGCGCCCACGCGGCCAGCGACACGGUGGGCUGGCAGGCCUUCUUUGUCUUCUCCUACUUCAUCACGCUGCCCCUCAGCCUCAGCCCCAUCGUCAUCAUCUCCGUGGUGUCCUGUGUGGUCCACACGCUGGUCCUGGGGGUCACCGUGGCCCAGCAGCAGGAGGCGCUCAACGGCGUGCAGUUGCUGAGGGAGAUCCUGGCCAAUGUCUUCCUCUACCUGUGUGCCAUCAUCGUGGGCAUCAAGUCCUACUACAUGGCGGACCGCAAGCACCGCAAGGCCUUCCUGGAGGCUCGCCAGUCGCUGGAAGUGAAGAUGAACUUGGAGGAGCAGAGCCAGCAGCAGGAGAACCUUAUGCUGUCCAUCCUGCCCAAGCACGUGGCCGACGAGAUGUUAAAGGACAUGAAGAAGGACGAGAGUCAGAAGGACCAGCAGCAGUUCAACACCAUGUACAUGUACCGCCACGAGAAUGUCAGCAUCCUCUUUGCCGACAUCGUGGGCUUCACCCAGCUGUCCUCUGCCUGCAGCGCCCAGGAGCUCGUGAAGCUGCUCAACGAGCUCUUUGCCCGCUUCGACAAGCUGGCACAAAAAUACCACCAGCUGCGGAUCAAGAUCCUGGGCGACUGUUACUACUGCAUCUGCGGCCUGCCCGACUACCGGGAGGACCACGCGGUCUGCUCCAUCCUCAUGGGGCUGGCCAUGGUGGAGGCCAUCUCGUAUGUGCGGGAGAAGACGAAGACCGGGGUGGACAUGCGUGUGGGUGUGCACACGGGCACGGUGCUGGGGGGCGUCCUGGGCCAGAAGCGCUGGCAAUAUGACGUGUGGUCCACCGACGUCACGGUGGCCAACAAGAUGGAGGCCGGCGGCAUUCCUGGGCGCGUGCACAUCUCCCAGAGCACCAUGGACUGCCUGAAAGGGGAGUUUGAUGUGGAACCGGGUGACGGGGGCAGCCGCUGCGAUUACCUCGAUGAGAAGGGCAUCGAGACCUACCUCAUCAUCGCGUCCGGGCCGGAAGUGAAGAAAACGGCCGCCCAAAAUGGCCUCAACGGCUCGGCCCUGCCGAACGGAGCACCAGCCUCAAAGCCCAGCACCCCUGCCCUCAUUGAGACCAAGGAGCCCAACGGGGGUGCCUACACCGCCGGGUCCACAGCGGAGGCGCCCGAAGAGCAAGAGGGCCAGGCAGACAACCCCUCCUUCCCAAACCCCCGCCGGAGGCUGCGCCUGCAGGACCUGGCCGACCGCGUGGUGGACGCCUCCGAGGACGAGCACGAGCUCAACCAGCUGCUCAACGAGGCCCUGCUGGAGCGCGAGUCCGCCCAGGUAGUGAAGAAGAGAAACACCUUCCUCCUGUCCAUGCGGUUCAUGGACCCCGAGCUGGAAACCCGCUACUCGGUGGAGAAGGAAAAGCAGAGCGGGGCCGCCUUCAGCUGCUCCUGUGUCGUCCUGCUGUGUGCCGCCCUGGUGGAGAUACUCAUCGACCCCUGGCUAAUGACAAACUACGUGACCUUUGUGGUGGGGGAGAUUCUGCUGCUGAUCCUGACGAUCUGCUCGCUGGCUGCCAUCUUUCCCCGGGCCUUUCCUAAGAAGCUCGUGGCCUUCUCAACUUGGAUUGACCGGACCCGCUGGGCCAGGAACACCUGGGCCAUGUUAGCCAUCUUCAUCCUGGUUAUGGCAAAUGUCGUGGACAUGCUGUCCUGUCUCCAGUACUACACGGGAGCCGGCAAUGUCACCGCGGUGAUGCAGAUAGAAGACGGCUGCAUGGAGAACCCCAAGUAUUACAACUACGUGGCCGUGCUGUCCCUCAUCGCCACCAUCAUGCUGGUGCAGGUCAGCCACAUGGUGAAGCUCACGCUCAUGCUGCUCGUGUCUGGGGCCGUGGCCGUCGUCAACAUCUACGCCUGGCGCCCCAUCUUCGAUGAAUAUGACCACAAGCGUUUCCAGGAACAUGACUUUUCCAUGGUCGCCUUGGAGAAGAAGCAAAUACUUUCCAGCCCCGGGCUCAACAGCACCGACGGGCUGCCCCUCAUGCUGCCCCUCAUGCCUUCCAAGUACUCAAUGACAGUGAUGAUCUUCAUCAUGAUGCUGAGCUUUUACUACUUUGCCCGCCACGUGGAAAAACUGGCGAGGACACUGUUCUUGUGGAAAAUUGAGGUCCAUGACCAGAAGGAACGUGUCUAUGAAAUGCGACGCUGGAACGAGGCCUUGGUCACCAACAUGCUGCCUGAGCACGUGGCCCGCCAUUUCCUGGGGUCCAAGAAGAGAGAUGAGGAGCUGUACAGCCAGUCUUACGACGAGAUCGGAGUCAUGUUUGCCUCCCUGCCCAACUUCGCCGACUUCUACACCGAGGAGAGUAUCAAUAACGGUGGCAUCGAGUGUCUGCGCUUCCUCAAUGAGAUCAUCUCGGAUUUUGAUUCUCUCCUGGACAACCCCAAAUUCCGAGUCAUCACCAAGAUCAAAACCAUCGGCAGCACCUACAUGGCAGCUUCUGGAGUCACCCCAGAUGUCAACACCAAUGGCUUUACUAGCUCCAGCAAGGAGGAGAAGUCAGACAAGGAGCGCUGGCAGCACCUGGCGGACCUGGCUGACUUCGCACUGGCCAUGAAGGACACGCUUACGAACAUCAACAACCAGUCCUUCAACAACUUCAUGCUGCGCAUAGGCAUGAACAAAGGUGGGGUACUUGCUGGCGUCAUCGGAGCCCGGAAACCACACUAUGACAUCUGGGGCAAUACCGUCAACGUGGCCAGCAGGAUGGAGUCCACAGGGGUCAUGGGCAACAUUCAGGUUGUGGAAGAAACACAAGUCAUUCUUCGAGAGUACGGCUUCCGCUUCGUGAGGCGAGGGCCCAUCUUUGUGAAAGGGAAGGGGGAGCUACUGACCUUUUUCUUGAAGGGGCGUGACAAGCCAGCCGCCUUCCCUAACGGCUCCUCGGUUACACUGCCCCACCAGGUGGUAGACAACUCCUGAAUGGCCUCUCGCCCGGUGACAGUCCACAGGGGAGGGGAGAAUUUACUUUUGGAGUUGAAGAAAGGCCUUGGGAGAGGACAAAUUACCAAGUAACUGCUGAAGUGCACACUCAACAUAGACUUUAGGUUUAACAGUCUCCUCAAGCCUUCAUCUGUUUGUGGCUCUGUGAGCUCUGAGGUGGCCAUACUCCUCCUCAGUAUGCCUGUAGCUUCCUCAGAGAGUAGGGGUCGUAGGCAUAGCACUGGAACUGAACCUUUUGAGUCCUAGUUCCGACCCGCCCUUCUCCCCCCGCCGAGAGGCCGUGGCCACUGUGAGCAGGAGUGCAUGGGGGGGAGCAGAGCUGCCUUGGCGCUGGGCUGGGAGCACAGGGUGGACGUCUCUGCUUAACAUGAGCUUGGCAGAGGGCUGGCUGUGGCCCAGAGCAGCACUUGACAGUAGGUGAAAUGGCCCUCGUCCUGAUGUUCCUGAUAAUCUUGAAAGGUUCUUCUGGAACCCCUGUCACCUUAGUCACGAGAGCAGAAAGUGCAAUAUUUCCUUUUACCUGAUGGGAGGGGGGAGGGGGAUCUAUUUCUGAAAGAAAAAUAUAUAAACAAAUCUUCUACAUUUAUAUUUUUAACUUUCUGUUAAAAAACUUUUCCGAUAUUGCCUUGCCUUUUGAGCUCUUGCUACAGUUGCCUUUGCUACUGCUUUAAAAGAGAAUUUACAGGUAUUGUAAAGAAUAAGACUGUUUUAUUAAAAGCUUUAUUCAACUU